AUGGAACAAAAUUUUAAUGAUGUGAAAACAAAAAAAAAUAAUAAAAAGAGGCCACAUACUCAUAGACAAAUAUCAAAUGUUAAAAUAUUAAAUGUAGCAUUACAAUGGAGAAGAAGUUUGAUUCAGGAUAUUAUUGAUCGUCAUAACAAAAUGUUCGAUCCACUCUUGGGGCAAGAUAAAUUACAAGAAUAUAAUGAACAGUUGAAUACAUGGGUUAAACAAUUAAAGAUGUGGGAUUGGCAUAUAAAGAAUAAUUUGCAUGGAAGAACUUCUGGUGAUAAUCUAAGACUGUAUACACAAUUGAAAAAUGGGAAAUUAAUUCUGGGUAAAUGGUACUACGGAAGAGCUAUAGAAUUACCUGAAAUUAAAGAUCAUUUAGAUAAACAAUCAAAGAAAAGACUUCAGUUGGAAAGGUGGAUCGAUGUUAAAAAGAUUAAUUGGAAUAACAAAAAAUAUUUGAAGACGUCAACACAACUGAUACCACAAUUGGAAAAAUUUGAAAGAUAUUGGACACCCAUAAUAAAGGAUAUUAACCAUGUACCUAAUGGAUUAGAAAGUAUAGGUAAGACAUCAACUUUUACUUUAGCCCAAAAUGUUACCACUCAAGAGGAAUUGGAAUCGUGGUUAGUAGAACGGCGUAAGAAAAAACUUUUAGAACAAUUGAAUCUAUAG